ACAACAACUUGUUUAGGGAAGGAGAGACGACGACGACGACGACAUGUUAGUCCAAUUUUAAAAACAUAGAUAGUGGGAACGUGUUUUAUUAUUUGUGAAAACCCCUCUCUUCCAAGUCGAGAUGGUGUCUUAUAAGAGACUGAGUCCAGAGGAAGUCCAGUUCUCCAACGCUGCUGCUUCAGAGGAGCCUCCUGCACAGGACAUGGUGGAGGUGAAGGACCCAGAGGAGACAGAGCGCCCCCUGCUGCCUCGGAGGCCCUCAUGUUCUGCCACCACGGCACUUAUCUCCCUGGGCUCCCUUCUGCUCCUGAUCUGUGGCGUCUGGCUUCUGGGGACCAUCUUCUGGCUCCACGCACCAUCCAACAACGUCCCCCACAGGGCCCCGCCGCCCAGGGUCUCCCCAGAGAAGGGUGGGGGAGAUGGGGGUAGAGCCCUACCAGAGCCCCAGGCUUGUGGAGUGGUCCCAGAGGCCUGGAGGUUUGACUGCUACCCAGAGAGAGGGGUGGUGGUGACCAGGGAGUUGUGUGAGGCGAGGAACUGUUGCUUCAUCCCAGCCUCCUCUUCCUCCUCCUCCUCCUCCUCCACCGCCCCGGGGAGGAAUGGUGUCCCCUGGUGUUUCUACCCCCCUGGGUUCCCCUCCUACUCCCUGGUGUCUGUUAACAGCACAGAGUUGGGCCAGACAGGAACUCUGGUGAAGGCAGUGAAGACCUACUACCCUGAAGAUAUUCUGACCCUACAGCUGGAGGUCCUCUAUGAGACGGACCACAGGCUCCGAGUCAGGAUCACCGACCCGUCUGAGUCGCGGUUCGAGGUGCCAAUCACCGUGCCCAAUGCCACAGAGAAGGCUUCUAGUCCCGCCUACUCUGUGGAGCUGUCCAAUGAGCCGUUUGGCAUCAUCGUUAAGAGAACUUCCUCAGGAGCUGUGCUCCUCAACACCACGGUAGCGCCUCUGUUCUACUGUGACCAAUUCCUCCAGCUGUCCAGCAGUCUGUCCAGUCAGUACGUCUAUGGCCUGGGAGAACACCGCUCCUCCUUCCUACACGACGUCCACUGGAACACUCUCACCAUGUGGGCUAGAGACGCACCGCCCACGGAGCUGACUAACCUGUAUGGGGCUCAUCCCUUCUACCUGGCCAUGGAGGAAGGAGGGACGGGGACAGCACACGGAUUCUUCCUGCUCAACAGCAACGCUAUGGACGUGGCCCUCCAGCCGGGCCCUGCCAUCACCUGGCGUACCAUUGGUGGGAUCCUGGACUUCUACGUCUUUCUGGGUCCCGAUCCGGCCUCUGUGAUUGGACAAUAUCUGGAGGUCGUAGGUUACCCCUCCAUGCCAGUCUACUGGGCGUUGGGUUACCAUCUCUGUCGCUGGGGUUACGGAGGUAGCAAUGGCACCUGGGACGUCGUCAAGAACAUGAGGAAUUAUGGAAUACCCCAGGAUGUGCAGUGGAAUGAUAUAGACUACAUGGACCGUAGUCUAGACUUCACCUUUGACCCCGCGGCCUUCCCGACCCUCCCUGACAUGGUGAAAGACCUGCACAGCCACGGACAACGUUAUGUCAUGAUAUUGGACCCAGGUAUCAGCAGCGUCCAGCCAGAAGGAGGGUACUGGCCGUAUGACGAAGGUCUGAGGAAAGGAGUCUUCAUCAAACACACAGACGGAAGCACACUCAUCGGGAAGGUGUGGCCAGGUCUGACAGCGUUUCCUGAUUUCUCUGAUCAUGUGACCCAUGAGUGGUGGUACGACAACCUCAAGAGGUUCCACGACAAAGUUCCCUUCGACGGACUCUGGAUUGACAUGAACGAGCCGUCUAACUUCGUGGACGGGUCGACCGUUGGUUGUCCUGACAGCAAGCUGGAGAACCCUCCAUACACACCUGGUAUAUUAGGAGGGUUGUUGAGGGCUAAGACGCUGUGUGCCUCUGCUGUCCAGAAGACCUCGUCUCACUACAACAUGCACAGCCUGUAUGGGCUUCUAGAAGCUAAGGCCUCUGCCUGUGCCCUGAAGCGUAUGUUAGGGAAGAGAGCGUUUGUGAUCUCUCGCUCCACCUUCCCAAGUCAAGGCCGAUACUCUGGACACUGGCUAGGAGACAACAGGAGUCACUGGAAGGACAUGUACACCUCUAUAGCAGGUAUGUUAACCUUUAACCUCCUGGGUGUUCCCCUGGUGGGGGCUGAUAUCUGUGGCUUCAGUGAACAGACUGAGGAGGAGUUGUGUGUUCGCUGGACACAGCUAGGAGCCUUCUACCCUUUCACACGCAACCACAACGCUAUCGACCAGAGGCCUCAGGACCCUCCAGCAUUCAGCCCUCUGGCCCGUUCAGCCAUGAAACAGUCUCUCCUGCUACGCUACUCUCUCUUCCCUCUGCUUUACACACUGUUCCACCGUGCACACACACACGGACACACCGUCGCUCGCCCUCUGCUGUUCGAGUUCCCCAAGGACGUGAGAACGUAUGGGAUAGACAGACAGUUCCUAUGGGGGAAGAGUUUGAUGGUGACACCAGUAUUAGAUCCAGGUGUGGACUAUGUAGUGGGCUACUUCCCCCAGGGACUCUGGUACGACUACUAUACGGGUGAUUCUAUCCGUAGUAAAGGAGAGGAGUUGAGACUCAAGGCUCCUCUAGAUCACAUCAACCUUCACCUGAGAGAAGGAGCUGUCAUACCUACACAGCGUCCCAACACCACCCUGUUUGUGAGCAGUGGUCAGCCGCUCCACCUGGUUUCCAGUCUGUCUGAAGACGGCUCAGCCAGAGGAGAGCUGUUCUGGGACGACGGAGAGAGCAUCGACACCUUCGAAACCGACCAGUACGCUCACAUAGUGUUCACUGUGGUCAAGAACACGAUGACAUCGGAGGUGCUGCACGACCACGUGGAGGCUUCCUACAUCACAGUGGAAACAGCCUCCUUCUAUGGCGUGAAGGCGGAGCCUACCAGGGUCACGGUCAACUCCCAGGAUGCUGCAUUCACCUACAUAGCCAAUCAGGUGUUGACCGUAACAGACCUAGGACUGAACCUCAGCCAGAACUUCACCAUCAGUUGGAUCUAACAGGUCUUUCCCAAAAAUGGGAAUUCUGACCUUGGGAAUGUUCAGGUUUUCCUUCCCUGACGGUCUCCGCUGCUUUACUCCCUAUAUAUGUGACCUAAACGGCACCCUAUUCCCUAUAUAGUGUACUACCAGGGCUCUGGUCAAAAGACGUUGUUCCCAAGUAUCCCCACGCAUAAUAGACAUGGGAUUGUAUACAAAUAUAAGCAAGGUUUGAAAUAUGAUAUAUGUUUGGGGCUUCUUGCAGUCAAAUACAGUCUACAAAUGAUUUGUAAUCCUCCCUGUCUGCUGUAACUGUACCAAAAAUAGGCUGUGUCCGAAAUAGCACCCUAUUCCCUAUAUAGUGUACUACUCCCAGUCAACAGUAGAGCCAGACAGUGUAACCAUCCCAGUCAACAGUAGAGCCAGACAGUGUAACCAUCCCAGUCAACAGUAGAGCCAGACAGUGUAACCAUCCCAGUCAACAGUAGAGCCAGACAGUGUAACCAUCCCAGUCAACAGUACAGCCAGACAGUGUAACCAUCCCAGUCAACAGUACAGCCAGACAGUGUAACCACCCAGUCAACAGUACAGCCAGACAGUGUAACCAACCCAGUCAACAGUACAGCCAGACAGUGUAACCAUCCCAGUCAACAGUACAGCCAGACAGUGUAACCAUCCCAGUCAACAGUACAGCCAGACAGUGUAACCAUCCCAGUCAACAGUACAGCCAGACAGUGUAACCACCCAGUCAACAGUACAGCCAGACAGUGUAACCAACCCAGUCAACAGUACAGCCAGACAGUGUAACCAUCCCAGUCAACAGUACAGCCAGACAGUGUAACCAUCCCAGUCAACAGUACAGCCAGACAGUGUAACCAUCCCAGUCAACAGUACAGCCAGACAGUGUAACCAUCCCAGUCAACAGUAGAGCCAGACAGUGUAACCAUCCCAGUCAACAGUACAGCCAGACAGUGUAACCAGCCCAGUCAACAGUACAGCCAGACAGUGUAACCAUCCCAGUCAACAGUACAGCCAGACAGUGUAACCAUCCCAGUCAACAGUACAGCCAGACAGUGUAACCAUCCCAGUCAACAGUACAGCCAGACAGUGUAACCAACCCAGUCAACAGUACAGCCAGACAGUUAAACCAGUCCAGUCAACAGUACAGCCAGACAGUGUAACCAACCCAGUCAACAGGACAGCCAGACAGUGUAACCAAACCAGUCAACAGUACAGCCAGACAGUGUAACCAUCCAAGUCAACAGUACAGCCAGACAGUGUAACCAUUCCAGUCAACAGUACAGCCAGACAUACACACAAUCUACACACAAUAACCCAUAAUGACAAAGCAAAAACAGGUUUUUAUAAAUUUUUGAAAAGUUAGAUU